AUGGAUACGACAACAACAACAACAACAACGACGACAACAACAACAACAACAACAACAACAACAACAACAACAACAACGACGACGACAACAACAACAACAACAACAACAACAACGACGACAACAACAACAACAACAACAACGACGACAACAACAACUACUACAACAACAACAACAACAUUUUAUCCCAAUCAAAAAUGUUUUUCACCAGCAGUAACACUUAUACCUGAUGCAUCAAUACUAUCAUCUCCAUUACAAUUUCGUCGAAGUCAAGAUUUCUAUAUUGUGUCAAUAAUUAAAUUAAAUUGUAAUUUGUCACUAUCAAUGAAAACUGGAUGGACAAUCCAAAACUGCACAUCAUCAUCAUGUUUACAUCAACUUGCAAUUGAUUCAAGAAUCCAAACAACAUUUAGUGAAUUAUAUAUUCCAUCAAAAAUUCUUUCAUAUGGUUUAUAUCAAUUGAUGUUAACAGUAACAAUGAUUGAUUUUCCACAUAUAUUUACAUUAUCAUUUGUUUAUGUUCGAAUAAUACCAUCAGGUAUUAUAGCAAAUCUUGUUCAAUUAGGAACGCCACUGAUUGCAAGUGGACAUGAACAAGAUUUAAAACUUGAUCCAGGAACAUAUUCUGUUGAUCCGGAUGGAUAUGAAUUUAAUGCCAGUGAAUGGAAAUAUGAAUAUUAUUGUCGAAUUUAUGGUUUAUACAUGUUUCCAAACCUUAAUGGUUCAUUGCUACCGAUUGAUAAUUCAACUAUUGAUCCAUUGAAUCCAUCAUGUUUAUCAAAUCGAACAGAUAAUCUAACAGCAUGGGAAUACAGUAAUUCAAUAAAAUCAUCAUUAACAAUUCUUUCUCGAUCACUUCAAUCAAAUCGAACAUAUCAAUUUAUGGUUUACAUGGAGAAUCGUCUCAAUCCAUCAAUUCAAGCAACUGGUUAUUUACUUGUCCAAGUGAAAGAUAUUUUCUCUCCAGUCAUUGCUGUUGGAUGUGUUAUAUCGACAAUGUGUGUUUCUAAUACGGAGUUUCAAGUUGUUAAUCCAACAACACAAGUUGCUUUAUUUUCGAUUUGUAUUGGAAAUUGUACAACAAUUCAGAAUAUAACAUGGAAUGUUUAUUAUGGAUUAUCAAAUUCGUCUUCUAAUGUCACUCAAUGGACUUUAUUCAAUCAAACAACUACUUAUCAAAACAUUUGGUUUUUUGGAAUAAAUACGACAAAUUUCACAGCAACAAAUCAAUUAUUUUUAUCGAAUCCUGAGCUACAUCUUUGGCGAUUUGAAGUUGUUUAUCGAUUUGCAUCAGAAACAAGUUCAAGUUCAUUGAAUUUUGUGAUUAAUGAAUCACCAUCCAAUGGUUCAUGUUCUAUCAGUCCUUACAAUGGUACAACGAGUAGUUUAUUUACUAUUUCAUGUCCAGAUUGGUUUGAUAAAGAUGGAAUAAAAGAUUAUUCACUAUAUAGUUGGACGACAGAUUUAUCCAAACGAAUGUUCAUUGCAUUUUCCGCAGUUUCAAUAUUUCAAGUUCGAUUACCAGUUGGAGAUGAUUUAACAUAUGAAAUUGAUUUGAUUGUUUCUAUUCGAGAUAAAUUAGAUUGUAUAACACAAUUUAAUUUAACAUCAGUCAUUGUUAUCCCAGAUUUUGAUGAAAUCAAUGAUUUAAUAAAUAUUAUUCAAAGUUCAUCAAAUCAAAUAACAGCAAACUCAAUUGUUCAAUUACUUUCAAGUAAAAAUCAAAAUAUAGUUGCACAAGUUCUUACUUCUGCUUCACAACAACUUAAUAAGAUGAAUAAUGAAAAUCUUGCUAAAGCUAUUUCAAGUGGUAUUCCAGUUACUAGUGUUUCAAUUUCUUCAUUGAAUAGUCAAAGUUAUUAUACGACAUCGACAUUAUUUAAUAUGUCAGCUUUGAAUGAAUAUAAUAAAGAACUGAAUUCUCAAGCAAAUGUGCGAGAAUAUUUGAUGUCAUUUAUAAUGAAUCUUGUGAUAACAACAUCAUAUAGUAUUGAAUUACAAUCAUCAACAUUAGUUCAGUUGACAGACGCAACAAAUCAAUUAACAAGAACAGCUUUAAUCAUUGCUGCGGAUAAAUGUCUUCAAUUGACCAUUGCUCUGUAUUCUAUGUCAACAAGAAUUUCAUAUGAAGAUGUUCAAACAGCAGCAAUUCAACUAAUUCAAUGUGCUACGAAUGUUCUAAUUGCAGUGAACGGGCCAUUACAACAACGAACAAUUGUAUUGGACAAAGAUCUGUCACGUGCUACUGCUUUGCCAGAUGAUUAUGAUACUGAUUUAGAAUCAGAAUGGUCAAAUCUAAAUUUAUUUGCUGAUGGAAAUGAUUUUUCAUGGGAAACAACUUCUAACGGACGAAAUAUUUAUUAUCAAAAACAAUUAGCACAUCAACUAAUCAGUCAAGUAAAUCAAAUCAUAUUCUUAUUAACAUCAUCAUUAAAUAUUCAUUUAAAUAUUGGACAAAAUACAAUAAUGAAUACAUCAAAUGUAUUUAUGUCAUUAGAAACACAAACAAUUGAAUCUUUGAAGAAUAAAAUUAUUCAACAAGUCGGAAAUAGUCAAAUUCAUCUUCCAUCAACUUUCUACACAAAUAUUACGAAUAAUCAAAUUAUAUCAAUACGAUCAAUAAUGGAACCACUCGCAUCAUUUGGUAAUUCAACAGUUGAAUCAAAUACAAAUCUUUCAAGAUCAAUAUCAAUUGCAAUUCUUGAUCAAUAUCAAAAUGAAAUUUCUAUUCAAACAAAUCUUUCAACAAAUCCAAUUGGAAUAAUUAUUCCUCGUGAUCCAAAUUUAAUUAUUUCAUCAAUGAUUUUACAAAAUGUUCUUUCAUUGAAUUCGAAUCCUCAUAAUCAAAUUUUCAAUUUACAUUAUGUCAAUAUUACAAGUGCACUCACAGUAUCGAUUCAUUUUGAAAUUCAUCCUUUAAAUACAAAUCUUGCUUAUUUAUUCAUUUAUAAAUUUGAUCAAUCACCUCAAUUGAAUAGCUCACUCAAUCAAAUUGAUGGAUGGACUCUUCAAUGUCCUUCGAAUUCAACGAAUGAAAGCAUUUAUACCUAUUUUAUUGAUAAUAAACAAACAUCAGGUCAUCAAUCAAUAAUAUUUGGUUUACGAGAAUUGAAUUCAACAGAAAUGAUAGAUUAUUGUUCCAAUUCUCAAUUGACGAAUCCACCAAUAACAAAUGAAGCAGAAGUAAGAACUUGUGCAACUAUAGUUUGAUUUUUAC